GGGAGAGAAGAAGCUGCACAUCCAGGUCACCAAGGAAGAGAGAAGAUCCCACCACACCGACUGCAAGUGGCAAAGCCCCGCCAAACACACAGGAACAAGGAUCUGACAGUACAGACAGAGAGGAAAGUCCCCAUUUCUGCUGGAAGAAUCCCAACCACAGAAGGAGAGAGUCCACAGAAAGUAUAAAGUGAUAGCUGCGAGUGCGGCCAAAAAGGAGAGAGAGAAAAGAAGGAAAGAGAAGGAAAUCGUAACUGCAAGGGGCAAAGUGAGACAAUUCAGAGGAGACAAUCCCUGUGUGACCCACACAGAACACUGCUUUGUAUAUCGGACUUUGGCAUCCAUCACCCACUUCUACCCUAUUGCUGGCACUCUAUCAAUGGUCACUGUGACAGACUGUGGCUCUGGUGCCUACUGAGGGCUGUUCUAGUUGUUUGUGCCCAACUUUGGGAGAAUUUUUUAGGCUUUCUUUGACUCCCAGUAGCUUAUAUGAGUGCAGCCUUUCAGCCCCCUCUCAUGAUGAUGCAGCGUCCCCUGGGCAGCAGUACAGCCUUUAGUAUAGACUCGCUGAUAGGGAGUCCACCACAGCCCAGUCCAGGACAUUUUGUAUAUACUGGAUACCCCAUGUUCAUGCCUUACCGGCCUGUGGUCUUGCCACCGCCACCACCCCCUCCUCCAUCUCUGUCUCAAGCCACUCUCCCUUCAGCGCACCCUCACCACCAGAUCCCCAGCCUGCCCAGUGGAUUCUGUUCUAGUCUUGCCCAGGGCAUGGCACUCACCUCUACUCUCAUGGCUACGCUGCCAGGGGGAUUCUCAGCCUCCACCCAGCACCAAGAGGCAGCCAGAAAGUUUGGAGCUCAAAGUCUCCAUGGAGCAUUUGAAAAAAGCGACGGGAGUCAGUCAGACGGAGAAGAUGGCAAUAAGACCUACAUAACCAAAGAGGGCACCUUACUGCCUUUCUCUACUUCGGAAGCUUCUCUGGGUCCAGUCCGUGGGCAGGGGAAAGAGGAGUCUGGGAAAGAAGCAGAAGGAAAGGGCAAGGAGGAUUCCUACCUGAUGGAUAGUGACCUGGACUACAGUUCAGAUGACAAUAUCUCCUGCCAAACUGCCCACAAAGAAGAAGACACCCCAGAAGAAAGCCCCCCAAACUCAAACCCUUCUAAUAACAGCAACACCAGCUCCACGGGGAAGAACCGGCGGAGGAGAACUGCCUUCACCAGUGAACAACUGCUGGAACUAGAGAAAGAGUUCCACUGCAAGAAGUACCUGUCCCUGACAGAGAGAUCCCAGAUCGCACAUGCGCUCAAACUUAGCGAAGUCCAGGUCAAAAUAUGGUUCCAGAACCGCAGAGCCAAGUGGAAGAGGGUCAAGGCCGGCAAUGCGAACUCCAAAACUGGGGAGCCCUCUAGAAACCCUAAAAUUGUUGUUCCCAUCCCAGUCCAUGUCAGUAGGUUUGCCAUACGGAGCCAACACCAGCAGCUGGAGCAGACAAGACCCUGAAAUGGUCAAAGGACAACAGCAAAGAAAUCCAUUUUGUGGCCCUCCAGUUGUUAAUCUACAUCUACCAUGUAAUUAGACAGUGGUGGAAGUUGUAGUUUUACGACAGUAAUAGGGCCAUAAUAUGGUCAUCCCUGGACAAUGAACAAAUUAGCCACGGGGUCAGACAAUGCAGGUUGUUGGUUGCCAAUAACCAAUUCCCUCCUAGACUUUCCAGAAAGACCCCAGUACUGAUUAUGUUAAGAAGGGGUGAUUUUUGCACUUGAGGAGGCUAAAAGGUUAAUUCUUCAGGAACUUAAUUUUAUGUAUAGAUAGAUGGAAGCUGGCCACAUUUAAGGGAUGGCAGGUAAAACCUCUUAAUUCUAAUAUUAUGGACUUGAUAUGGACAGAGGUUUAGUGAGAACCGGAAACGGCCACAGGGUUGUGUUACCUGCAAUGGAAAGUGCUGUGGGAGCAAAGUUAAUUCCAUAUGUUGGUGAUGGUGAAAAGAAUAUAACAUCACCCCUUGGUACAAUAUCCUUUAACAAACUGAACUUGUUUUUCUAAACUCUCCCAGAGCCUCAAAUUAUGUUGUGGUUAAUUUAUUCUGUGUUGCUUAUUUCUUAUAAGUUAUAAAACUUGAAAAAAAAAA